CAGCGCCAAGCCACUUUCAGCAGGUCUGCAUGUCUUCCGCAAUAUAUACAUUAAAAGUGAAGUCCUGAUUUCCCCCUACAUGUCUAAAAGCUAUGACGCGCAUGUCCGCCACAAGACAUGCGCAAAGAAUUAGUGGUAUCGCUCUCAAUGCGCGUGUAUCAUAUUUACAAAAUAUUAACCAAUCCAGAAAUUAACAUAUGAAACAUCAGUAUUACAUGCAGGAAUAAAAUACGAAUUUUAUUAGUAUUAUGUAGUAUAGCGAGUGUAUUGAAUGUUUUGAUAACCUUUAAUAUUUAAAUGAUUGCUUGAUUAAUGUAUGCAGCGUGAGAAAAUAUCCAUAUGAUAAAAAGGUAGAGAAUACAAUUUAGAAACAAAUAGUCCAGGUGAUGAAUAGAGGACGAUUACAGGAAUGGGUUACUCUGUGGUCAAAAGAUCCAUCAUCAAAGGGCGGAGGGACAAAAUUUGGAACUGGCGCUGCCGAUGGAGCAUUGUGACGAUAGCGGCCAUAGCGCUAAUAUUCUACAACGCCGUUGCCAACAUCUGGUUGUUGCAUCCCACCGCUUGUCCCGUCAUCUCAACUGCCUCUCCCUCAGAUCCUCCAUCGUGCGAACCAUGCAUAGACACGGUACCGAAUAGCGCAAUCGACGACGAUCCGAUCGCGAAACUCGACUUGCGAUUAGGAAGGUGGGACGGAUCUCGAAGCUACAGACUCUUCGAUUACGCGGCUGUGGGAGAGCUAUACUCUGAAGUAUCAAGCAACAGUAAGGUGUGCCUCGCCACUCAGAGCUCCAUCGAACGCCUCCACGAGUUGCUAAGAAUAGCCGCGCACUGGACCGGACCUAUAUCAGUGGCUGUGUUUGUCGCUGGAGAUGAACUAAGACUUUUGAGAGCGUUCACGACAUGGCUAUUUCGAUGUCAACCAGAAAUAUAUUCAAGAGUUGCCUUACAUAUUGCGAUGCCAGCAGAAAGACCAGGAGUGCACGGUGUAGUACCGAGCUGGGCAAGGGAUUGCCGCUCGAAGCCGUUGCCUCCAGGAGAAAGAAGGGCAGAUACAGUAGCUUGGAGGGCACGACAUCCAUACCCUCAGAACCAUAUGAGGAAUCAAGCACGGAAGAACUGUCAUACUUCUUACGUUUUUCUUGUCGAUGUGGAUAUCGUGCCGUCUAAGGGGAUGGCAGCAUCGCUCGAUAAGUUCUUGACAACAGCACCUAAAUGCUCGCUCUGUGCCUAUGUUGUUCCGACAUAUGAACUAGACAAACGCGUGGCGACCUUCCCUAGCAGCAAGUCAGAACUUUUACGCCUCUCCAGAAAUAAAUUAGCCAUUCCGUUUCAUAGAAAAGUGUUUAUUUACAACCAGUACGCUUCUAAUUUUUCUAGAUGGGAGGCGAGUGGAGGCAACGAGACCAGCGAGACCCACAUCUCCCAUAACGUGACCAACUUCGAGCUGUUGUACGAGCCCUUCUACGUGGCUCCGGACACUGUACCUGCUCAUGAUGAACGGUUUCUGGGCUACGGCUUCACGAGGAAUACACAGGUAUACGAAAUGUUUUUAAUAGGUUAUCAGUUCAGGGUCCUGUCACCGAUCUUUACGAUCCACUGGGGUCUCCAGGCGAGGCGUAACCGUCCUCUCUGGCGCGAGAAGCAAAACGAGAAAAACCGAAAGCAUUUCGAGACUUUCAAACGCGAACUGUUCGCCAGAUACCGGAGGGAUCCUCUACAUCUCCUGAAGAGACCACAGCAGAAGAAAACAUAGGCUUCGCAAGGCCGUGCGACUGCUGUUGCCGGCCUUAUAGUGACACUUGUGUUUUGGACAAUAUGAUCGUUGGUUGUAUUGGCACAAUUAGACCAAUGUUUGGACAAAUUUGGCUUUUGUAGUGUAGCCUGUAUAUCGUAUAUUUUGGUCAGUUAAUCAUUAUUUUAUGGCCUAAGCUAGAUUAUUUUAAUGUGACUUAAUAUUUUCAAAAAAGAAGACGGUGGCUGAUGUACGUAAACCGUAAAUGUUAAUAUUUACUACCAGAAUUGACGUAGGCUGUGCUGUCUCUGGAAAGAGAGCACCGUAAUGCUCAAAUAUUGUUUGGUGGUAGGGCGUGCAAGGGUUGGCACCUCCGCCUAUAUUGGACCCUGUUUGGAUAGGAUAUUCUUUUUUCCCCCUUUUUGGCACUUCCGAUGUGAUUUUUUCACACCUGAAUGUGGAGGCCUUUCGUAAUGGCUAGAUCACUGGGUCGUUUAGGCCUUAGUCUAUAGGCCAAUGAAAGAAAAACACAAUUAUUUAAGUUAAGAUUUUACAGUUUUCAUUUUUUAUGAUCUAGUACUGAAAUAACUGCAAGUCUGACUAAUGUCAGAUACCCUAGUAUGGACAACAAGUGAUAGAAGCAAGUAUUUUUAAUUAGUAUCAUUACGUUGCAAAUUAGUAGUAGGAAGUGUAUUUAUUUAGUGUAAUUCAGUUAAACGCGUUGACAUAUUUAAUAAUAAGAGUGUUAUUAUUUUAUAAUCAACCAGCGACUGACUUGUGAAAACGGUAUGCGCGAUCUCCUGAAAUGAGCGCACCAAAAUCGGAAUAUGCAAAUGUUAGUUCUCUAUUUUAAUUUAUUUCAAUAGACGUUAGUGUACAUGACAGUUGCAAACUAAUAUUCACGUUUGAGAGUAUUUUUGAAUACAGUAGAUAUUGCUAUCAACAUGAGCGAUGAUUAUACUUAUGUUCGGAUGCGUAAUGUGCGUUGUUUCCGGUCCGGUGAGCUUCCGGGGCACAUCCAAGGCAUUGUACUCGUAUGAAGUGUUGAAAGCUUGAUCGUUCACACCUUUAUGAGGUUCGCAUUAGAAUAGAAAAAAAUAUAUGACGUAUAAUACGCAUAUAACUGUAACUAUACGGAGACCUUAGAACUUAUCUCAAGGUCGGUGGCGCAUUUACGCUGUAGAUGUCUAUGGGCUCCAGUAACCACUUAACAUCAGGUGGGCUGUGAGCUCGUCCAUCUAUCUAAGCAAUAAAAAAAAAAGAAAUAUAAGCUGAGGUUUUUCUCAAAAAAAGGAAGACGAAGCUAGAGAAAGACGCUUGACUGAGAUCACGAAACCCCAUCAAAAUUUUUGAGCUAAGCUUAGGUACACCUCAAAACAUACAAGCAGAUUAAUUUAUUUUAUAAAUUUCCAUUAUUAUUGCACGCAGUAACUUUCUUCGUCACGAAGUCUAUUAUUCUUAUAAAACAUGAGGAGUCAUCUCCGAUCUGCCGGAACAUGACCGCUUGCUUAUAUCUUUCUUUAGUGUAAGAAAACAUUGUUAUAGCAGUUACUCCAACUUUUUUGUUCGAAUGUGUAAUUAAUUUCACUAAAUCGUAUUUUAAAAAGUAAAUUCAUUUCACUGGCGAUUUUUAUAUUUAAACUACAAAUAUGAUGUUGAUUAAUGAGGCUUAUUUCCUCUUAUGAAUGUAAUAUUAGUGUUACACACGGAGUAAGUUUACUCAUAGUUACUAUGAGCACGAUUUAAAAAUGUAAGAUAGUUAAACGUUCCUAAUAAAUAUGUCCCAAGAUGAAUCAGUACAAAUCACUUGUUUGUAUUUAUGUAUAUGUUGUUGUCGCUUUUGUUGUUAAAGUUAUACCAUAAUAAUUAAGGAAAAUAAUAUAUACUGGGUUGUAUUUGAAGAAGUCGCCGGCCGGUUUGAAGGGUGUACAGCAGUUACAUGACAUUCAAGUUCUGACGUCUGCGGGUCCCCUUAAUGCCGUGAGCUUAUUUGAAGACGGCGACAUUGUAUAACUUUUGAAAAUAUUACCGCUCCAUAUGUAGCUACAGUGUUGAAUAAUCGAAGAGGAGAAUGUAAGAGAUAAUCAUUCUCUUACAUCUAGAAUUGACCUCUGGUAGUCAAUCUUUUUUCAUAAUCUAUUUAGUGAUAAUCAAUAAAAAUAGAUCAAUUUUAUGUUGUAUGUUAUAUUAAAAUUAUGUUUUUAUUGUCACUCUGUGAAUGUCGGUUCACUAACAACAAGAAAAGGUAUAUAAUGGUUUUAAAUAAUUUAGAUAAUAGUCUUUAUUUAAUGUUAUAUUUUUAGUAAAAUAAGUUUUAAUUUUGUUGAUAUAAUUGAUAAAUAGUUUUUAUUUUGUAUAUUUUAUUAUUAUUUUGUUUUGUAAUAAAGUUUUUGAAGUUUAACGCACAUAAAAAUAGUUUAGUGAAUUUAUUCAAAUUGUUUAGUUACAUGGUUAGUGCAAUUUAUUUAUUAUCUAUGUAUAGGUGUACCAAAUAUUUUGAUGUUAAAAUAUUAUUAUAUUACAGUAUUAUUAGCUAAAAUCAUUGACUUUUCUAUUAACUUGACUUUAAUGAUAGAAUCAUUUUUCGGUUACAAUUACAGAUGUAUUUACAUGCAACUGAUUGAAUUUUUUUAUUUAUUGUUAUCAUUUAUUUAAUUUGUUUAUGUACAACUUUUGUCCCUUGAAAUUUGUACAUAAAUAAGCCGCAAAUAAACAUUAUAUAAAUUAUAAA